AUGAGGCAGGCCGGAGGCGUGUCCAGGAGAGCGGCGUCAGUUCUGGGAGGAGGAGGGGCGGCGUCAGUUCUGGGAGGAGGAGGCGGCGUCAGUUCUGGGAGGAGGAGGACGUGGGGAGGGGGUGUUGAAGAAAACAUUUGUAAGUUUGCCAAAAAGGGUUUGACACCAUCCCAAAUUGGUGUUAUUCUUCGUGAUUCUCAUGGCAUUGCCCAGGUGAAGAGUGUCACCGGCAGUAAGAUCUUGAGGAUUCUCAAGGGACAUGGGCUUGCUCCUGAGAUUCCUGAGGAUUUGUACCACCUGAUUAAGAAAGCUGUUGCCAUCAGAAAGCAUCUAGAGAGGAACAGGAAGGACAAAGAUUCCAAGUUCAGGCUCAUUCUUGUUGAGAGCAGAAUCCACAGACUUGCUCGCUACUAUAAGAAGACCAAGAAGCUUCCACCUGUCUGGAAGUAUGAAUCUACCACCGCCAGCACUCUCGUUGCCUAGAAGAAAGAAUUUCAUGGAGACUGAGGAUUUGUUAAUCAAGUCAUAUCUCAAUAUAGAAGUCCUAUACUAGUCUCUGUAUCCAAGACACUUUUCCUUGGUUGUUGUUGAGGCAUGUUUUGAUAUCGGACGAGUUUUUCUUUGACUUGUGAAAGGUGACUUAAAUUUGUAUGUUCUGUGUGUCAUGCUGAUCUUUGGGAGUUAUAAUUUAUGUUGCUUGAGAUGUU